AUGCCUUGCAGGAAUCACAUAGCUCGUGAAGAGGCACAGUUAUCGCAUCCUAAUCAAGGGGCCACAAACGAAUCCAUGAUGCGAUCUUCCUGUAUAAUGUCCUCUCCGACCUUCAUAUUUUUAAAGGAGCAGCCCAGCAGUGACUUAGGAUUCCUAGUUAUCGUAAAUCAACUUGCGCCCAAGGUCAAUCUCCUGGCUCACCGAUGGGCAUCUUUCUCCUGCACAAACCCCCACCCAAUUCUCCUUACCCCCCUGCCAUCUCCCCGGACCGCCUCCCCAUCCCACAAACUCUCCAACACAACCCUAUGGGUAAGUACUCGCUAUUUUGCUAUCGGAGUGGCGAGGCUUCUUCACAAAGCCAUCACGCAACGUCGACGAACCAUCACAUCAAAACGUACAACAUAUUGGAUAUAUAUCAUUACCCCGUCUACAAGAACACCCUUCCCUUCCCAGCCAAAGCCUUGCAAUGGCCACCCGAAUCGCUCUGAUCGUGAGAAUGCUCGGCGUAUCAUUGAUGCUCUUCGCAAUUGA